AUGGCUAAGCUCUCCCCAACUAUAUGCUUUCUCCUAGUGGUUCUCUUGCAUGCAUCAGAUACACUCAAGAUUAAAUCGGUGGCGGGGGGAACAUGCUUGGAGGGUUUAGGACUAUGCGGUAGCGACUGCGAUCAGCGAUGCAAAUCAAGACAUCCUCCAGGCUCAAGCUCAGGUUCAUGCGAUUUUACCCUCAACCCUCCAUUAUGCACAUGCUAUUACUCGUGCGGCAAGCAACCACCAGCGCCACCGCAGAGGAACUGCCAUGGGGGUCUCGGCCGAUGCAGCCAGAAAUGUAAUACCAAGUGUUGUAAUGCAAGUUGUGCUGCAAAAUUCAAUUACGGGCAAGGGUACUGUGACGAUAGUGCGGGUGUUAGUAUUUGUCAAUGCCAGUAUGUUUGCAAGUAG